CGUUAGGUAUAAAAUCAUGCGUUUGAAAUAGAUCGUCACAUUUCUUACGAGUCCCUACGUUGAGACGGGUCAAGUCAGAAAAUCCCUCCGCUUUUAAGCACCAAUUGCGAGCCUUUUUCUUCGCCGAAUCUACUUAAGACCACUCUAUAAUCAUGCGUGAAUGUAUCUCUAUCCACGUGGGCCAGGCCGGAGUCCAGAUGGGCAAUGCCUGCUGGGAGCUGUACUGCCUGGAGCACGGCAUCCAGCCUGAUGGUCAGAUGCCCAGUGACAAGACCAUCGGAGGUGGUGACGACUCCUUCAACACCUUCUUCAGCGAGACCGGCGCUGGCAAGCAUGUCCCCCGUGCCGUCUUUGUCGAUCUAGAGCCAACUGUAGUGGAUGAGGUUCGUACCGGCACCUACCGCCAGCUCUUCCACCCUGAGCAGCUGAUCACAGGCAAGGAAGAUGCAGCCAACAACUAUGCCAGAGGCCACUACACCGUCGGCAAAGAGCUCAUUGACCAAGUGCUUGACAGAAUCCGCAAGUUGGCUGACCAGUGCACGGGUCUCCAGGGUUUCCUCAUCUUCCACAGCUUCGGUGGAGGCACUGGCUCUGGCUUCACAUCCCUAUUGAUGGAGCGUCUAUCUGUCGACUACGGCAAGAAGUCCAAGCUGGAGUUCGCCAUCUACCCUGCCCCUCAGAUCUCCACUGCAGUUGUUGAGCCCUACAACUCCAUCUUGACCACCCAUACCACUUUGGAGCAUUCCGACUGUGCCUUCAUGGUGGACAACGAGGCUAUCUAUGACAUCUGUCGUCGCAACCUGGACAUCGAGCGUCCGACCUACACCAACCUCAACCGUCUGAUCGGUCAGAUUGUGUCCUCCAUCACUGCAUCUCUUCGCUUUGAUGGCGCACUCAAUGUCGACUUGACCGAGUUCCAGACCAACUUGGUGCCCUACCCACGUAUCCACUUUCCCUUGGCCACCUAUGCCCCUGUCAUCUCUGCUGAGAAGGCCUACCAUGAGCAGCUGACCGUUGCAGAGAUCACCAAUGCCUGCUUCGAGCCCGCCAACCAGAUGGUGAAGUGCGAUCCCCGUCAUGGCAAGUACAUGGCCUGCUGUCUGCUCUACCGUGGUGAUGUUGUUCCUAAAGAUGUCAACGCCGCCAUAGCAACCAUCAAGACCAAGCGCACCAUCCAGUUUGUCGACUGGUGUCCAACUGGCUUCAAGGUGGGCAUCAACUACCAGCCACCCACCGUCGUGCCUGGUGGUGAUCUGGCCAAGGUGCAGCGUGCUGUCUGCAUGCUGAGCAACACCACGGCCAUCGCCGAGGCCUGGGCUCGUCUGGAUCACAAGUUUGAUCUGAUGUAUGCCAAGCGUGCCUUCGUCCACUGGUACGUGGGAGAGGGUAUGGAGGAGGGUGAGUUCUCUGAGGCUCGUGAGGAUCUGGCUGCCUUGGAGAAAGACUAUGAGGAGGUCGGUGUCGACUCUGUUGACAACGAGGGAGAGGAAGAAGGCGAGGAGUACUAAACCUUUAAUUUCAAACAUCAAGUGUUCAGUUGAACUUUUACAGCAUAAGUGCCUCAGUGACACAGCCAAAGCUUUCCAAAUUUAUUUUUUGCUCCAAAGCAAUUUUUUUCACACAUAUGAAAAGACCAAAAAUAAAGGCUUUUUAUUAUUUUAAAACCUGAACAGAUCUUAAAUCUGAUUUGUUUUGAAAUCAAAAUCGGCAUCAACCAAUUUUAUAAAACAGCUUAUUCGUAUUUUUAUUUUUCUGUGAGUUAUUUAAAAUGAACCAUGUGAGGUGAAAAUACAAAUAAAGGAUAAUCUUCUGAAGCUGCAAACAAA